AUGAUAACUAAUUCUUCUGAUGUUACAGUCAUGCUGAUAAUGGAACCUCUUGCUUUAACUCCUUUUUCCAUUUAUCCAGCAUUCCUUUUUGGGACCCUUACUUAUGUUAUCAUAGUGUUUUGUAAUGUAAUGGUUUUAACAGCAAUUGGCCUGAACAGGAGAUUGCACAACCCCAUGUUUAUUCUGCUCUUCAACAUGACUGUUAAUGACAUGAUGGGUGCCACUGCUUUCUUUCCUCAAAUGCUGCUGAGCAUCUUGACCCAGAACAGAUCCAUCUCCUAUACUGCGUGUUACAUACAGGCACUUCUUACACACAUGUACGGAGGAGGUUCCUUGCUUAUUUUGACUGCCAUGGCAUAUGACAGGUAUGUUGCCAUUUGCCGUCCACUAAGGUAUAACUCCAUUAUGACGCCGACUCAUUUGAUUCGACUAAUCAUCAUGAUUUGGGUCCUCAACAUAUUUUUGAUUAUGCUGCUGUUGGGUCUGCUCUUACGUUUUGAAAUCUGCAGAAUGACUAUAGUGGACAUGUACUGUAAUAACCCCUCUUUACUCAAGCUAAUCUGUGAAGACACACGUUUGAACAAUUACUACGGCUUGGCUCUUAUAGCAUUCUACCAAGGCCUUUCAGCCUUUGUGGUUGGAUUCACAUACUUGCAGAUCCUGCUCACCUGUAUUAUGAAUAAGCAAUCUGAUGCCAAGAGUAAGGCCAUUCAAACCUGUGGCACACACUUGGUGGUGUUUUUGUUCUUGGAGUGUAACUCAUGCUUUGCUCUGACAGCUCAUCGGUUUGAGAGCGUGUCCCCUUUCCUCAGAAGGGCUUUUGGAGUGUCAGUUAUGGUGUUUCCUCCCUUAGUAAAUCCUCUAAUAUAUGGUCUGAAAACAAAAGAAAUUCGCCAAAGUUUUAGGUUACUUUUUAAAAGAAAUGCUUUCUCAUGA